AUGCCCGGCGGAAAGCGACAACAACCUGUCCGGUAUAGCCGACAACCCGUCCAUCAUACUAAGUCCCGGUGGUUGUCCCUACCCGGGAUCGGGAUCUUUAUCGCGGUAUUCACCGCUUUGGCUUUGUGGUUGGACAAGGUCGGGCCCCGAUUCUAUCACUUUACCCCGCAAGGCCUGAACACCAUCGUGCAAGAAACCCUCUCCUCGCAAUCCGCCCUGCAAAACCUGCCCAUCGACAGCCUGAACACGACCAUCCUCCUCACUGACCUGCUAGAACGGAUCAAGGUCGCUUACCCGGACACGCAGGUCCAGACGGAUUUCCUCGACCGGAACGAGUGGGUCUGGAACAACGCUGGAGGGGCUAUGGGGAGCAUGUAUAUCAUACACGCUUCCAUCACCGAGUACCUGAUCAUCUUCGGUUCUGCCGUUGGGACCGAGGGACAUUCGGGGAGACAUACCGCCGACGACUAUUUCCACAUCUUGAAGGGCUUGCAGACGGCCUUUUUGCCUGGCGAGUUGGAACCCGAGGUCUACCCGGCCGGCGCUGUCCAUCACAUGCGAAGGGGAGAUGUCAAGCAGUACAAGAUCGAGGCCGAGACUUGGGCUCUCGAAUACGCUCAAGGUUGGAUCCCCCUGAUGUUGCCCUUCGGGAUGGCCGAUACGGUAUUCUCCACCUUGGACAUCGGGUCAUUUUACAAGACGGCGUAUCUGACGGGGAGGGCGAUGAUACAAAACUUGUUGAGGGGGAAGAUCUGA